AUGUCGAACACAUCAUCUAGCAGUUCAAGCAGCAGCAGCAGUUCUUCUUCGAGCAGAAGCUCUUCAUCGAGCAGAAGCUCAUCUUCGAGCAGUAGCUCGUCUUCAAGCAAAACAUCUUCGAGCAGUAGUUCAUCGGCAAGCUCCAGGGAAGCAUCCGUCGAACGCACUCAAAUUGCGGCUCCGACUCCGGCUUCGGCUCCGGCUCAUUUCAAGUCGGAAGAGUUGGAGUCCAGGCUUUUAAAUCUCCAAGAUAAGGUGAACAGCAGCUUGUCAAGCUUUAAAUGCAGACGAUUGAGUGACUCUUCUUCCGAUGAAUCAGAUUCGGAGUCAAUCAGUCAACAAUCGAAUGCGUUGGCCAACAAGUCGGAAAAUAUUGAAGCUUCUUUGCCUCAGAUUCCCAGUGGUUACAGGGUAAAUAAAGUGCAGUCUACGAAACCAGCCUUGUCGUGCGAAAGUAUUAAAAGUAGUAGCAGCAGCAGCACUGAAGAAUAUAAACCUCCAGUGCUUAGUGGUAUAUAG